GUCGAAUUUGAUAUACACUUCAAACUGAAUUAUAAAAUUUAAUAAAUACAUAAUUAUUUGUUUCUAAAAUUUAACGAUUUCAUUUCUACAACGUGUUCUUUUCUUAGAUCAUCAUUUGAAAUUGAUAUCGAUUCUAAAUAUACCUACAUCUGUAUUAUUACUAAAUUACAACCAAUUCAACCUACACCAAAGAUAUGCGCUCACUGUCGAUAUUUAUUUUGCUGUUUUGCGUUUUUUACAAACAUGGAGCAAGUGUUAUGGCUUAUAAAGUGGGAGUUGGAAGGGCCGAUUGUACAGGACCUUCGGCGGAAAUCACGUUUAUGGGUUACGCCAAAGCCAGUCAAAAAGGUUGCGGCAUUCAUUUGAGGCAAUUCGCAAGAGCUUUCAUAUUCGAUGACGGUACUAAAAGAGUUGCAUUCGUUUCUAUUGAUUCCUGCAUGAUGAAUAAUCCUCUAAGACAAGCUGUAUUAAAAAAACUAAAAAGCAAAUACGGUAACACUUACACCGCCGAUAAUUUGGUACUGAGUGGUACUCACACUCAUAGUUCACCCGGCGGUUUUCUCAUGGACGUUAUGUUGGACAUACCCAAUUUCGGCUUCGUUAGAGAAACCUUCGAUGCCUUAGUAGCGGGUAUUGUACGAGCUAUCGGGAGAGCGCACGAUAACAUUGCGGAUAGCAAAGUUUUCGUAACGUCAGGCGAACUAUUGAAUUCCAACAUUAAUCGAAGUCCUGCAUCCUACGAACUAAAUCCCGCAGAUGAAAUAAAACAGUACAAGCACAACACCGAUACGGAAAUGGUACAAUUGAAAAUUGUUCGUAACUCCGACAAUAAAGUAAUCGGUGCUUUGAAUUGGUUCGCCGUCCACCCGACUUCCAUGAAUAACACCAAUUGUCUACUAUCGUCAGACAACGUCGGCUACGCCUCGAUAUUGCUCGAGUCUAGUAUGAAUACUAAUGAUCUACCAGGACAGGGCGAUUUCGUCGGGGCUUUCGCGUCCACAAACUUGGGCGACGUAUCUCCCAACACCAAGGGCCCCAUAUGCGUGGAUACCGGCGAAAAAUGCGAUUACGUACACAGUACCUGUCACGGGGAGAACAAAUAUUGCAUCGCCUCAGGACCCGGCAAUGACAUGUUUGAAAGUACCGAGAUCAUCGCCACCAAUAUAUUCAACAAAGCUCAGGAAUUACUAGCUGAAAAAAGUGCUACUGAAGUUAAAGGCGAUGUGGGUUUCGUGCACAGAUACGUGGAUAUGCCGUCGCAGAAAGCCACUAUAGAGGUAAAUGGAACACAGCAGGAAGUGAGAGGAUGUUUACCGGCUGUGGGAUACGGAUUCGCCGCCGGAACUACUGACGGACCGGGCGAAUUCGACUUCGCCCAAGGCAAGAGGAACAGUAGCAAUAUCUUUUGGAAUUUCGUGAGAGACUUCAUUUUCCCGCCCACUCCUGACGAUGUGGCCUGCCAUGCCCCCAAGCCCAUACUCAUCAUGUCGGGACGGAUUAAGCUGCCGUACGAAUGGCAACCGCGAGUUGUCGUCACUCAAAUACUGAAAAUAGGAAACGUGUUCUUGACGGCGGUGCCCGGAGAAUUUACCACAAUGUCCGGAAGAAGAUUAAGAAACAGCGUUAAAGAUACUAUAAUGAAAAAUGGCGGGCCUACAGACACGAGAGUUGUCAUAACAGGACUCAGCAAUGUUUAUACAAAUUACAUAGCCACACCAGAAGAAUAUCAGCUUCAACGAUAUGAAGGAGGUUCCACAAUUUACGGCCCCCACACAUUGACCAUUUAUUUGAAACUAUACCAGGAACUGGCGGAAGCUUUAAUGAAGGGGCAAAAUAUAAAUAAGACUGACGAUCCAACUCCUUUCAUUUUCCCCUCGCAAAUGCUAUCUUUGGUCACACCGGUUUAUUUCGAUAGCACUGGAAGCUGGAUGGCCAGUUUUGGGGAUUGUAUUGUCCAGCCUAGUCAAACGUAUAAAAUAGGUGAAACUGCAUCAGCUACGUUUAUAGCCGGGCAUCCGAGAAACAACAAUCUGCAAGAGAAAACUUUUCUAGCUAUAGAAAUGAAGGAUGGUAGCGAUUGGAAGACUGUUGCCACUGACGCUAAUUGGGAAACGAAGUUCAUCUGGCAAAGGGCAUCCACUUUCAAGGCUACAAGUCACGCUACAAUCAAAUGGGAAAUUCGAAAAGGCAAAUUCAAUUCUGGAACGUACAGAAUCCGUCACUACGGCAAUUACAAGUUUAUUUUAGGAGGCGUUUUUCCUUAUGUUGGAGUAUCUAGACCAUUUACCGUUACUAAGUAGUUUUAAAAAUUUUACAAAAAUAUAAAUAAUACUUGAAAGUUUGUUGUACGUACACUCUGUAUAAAUAAAUCGUUUCUAUUUUACCUGUAA